UUUCGCUGUCCAUGUCCGCAGACCAAGUCUGGCUGUGGCCGUGUCGCUCCGUUCCUGUUGUUUGAUUGUUGCCGUGUUGACUGCCACUGCCCGGCUCUGUCCAGUCAGCCAGAACGAACGGAGGCACCAUGCGUGAUGGGAAGGGUGAAAACGAGUUCCGUGUCGUGGUGGGCGGCCAGAAGCUCGAAGAGAUCAGCCACAAGGACGGCAAUACGUACAUCCAGAUGAUACUCUUCUCCAAGGUUUCCUACAGCGUCGAGUACACGGAAGAGGUCAAGGGGCUCGGCGCUGUGGAGCGCAACACUCAAAAGUGGCCCGUGAGUCCGUACACGGUGGCCGUGAGGAACAACUCCGGCAAAGGAAACUUCGCACAGCUAUACGUCGACGGCCAGAAGAUCGCGGAAAAGUAUGUACCCGCCGGCGACAGCGUCAUUUUUGAGGGAAUCCCUACUGAAGAGGGUAUCCAAGAGCUGCUGUUUUCCCUACCCAGGUACACCACCCUGAGGGAAAAGGAAAUCGGUGGAAAGUCGCUGCCGGACGCAGUAGCGAGCGAGCUCGGGACGAUAAAGGUCGUGUGGCGCGACUGCGCCUUGGUCGGCAAAGAUUUCGCGGACAACUACCGAACGUACGAAGCGGCGAGCUCCUACAAGCAGGCCAACAAGACCGACGCCAAACGCACUGGAGGUGCAGGGGCGGGAGCCGGGGAGGGAGAGAAGUUCGCAUCGACCACAAGGGCGGGCAAGGUGAUCGGGAUGAACGAGGCGAGAUCCUGUGUCGUGAACAGGUACCGGUACGAAGGGGAGCCGUGGUCGGCGACCCUUCUGUACCGCACCAAAGACUACCUCGAGAAGGUAGGUGUGAUACCCAAGGAUAUGAGCCCGGAGGAAGUCGCGGAGCGGAGGAGGAUGAGACUCGCACGGCGCAAGAGGCGCAAGCUGCAGGAAGAGGCGGCGGCGGGGGGGGCCUUCGUUCCCCCGCCAGUCCCGGUGUCUCUGGUGGACGGGCCGCCUCCGGUAGCCGCCGAGGAAGGCGAGGACGAGGGUUGAGAUCAGAACCGGGAGACAGACUGGAGGACGCGAGAGCUUGGUUACUUGGUUGGACGCUGAACCGGGACCGAUGAAUGAGCAGCAGCAGCUGCGGCAGGGAUCACAGGCAAGAGCUGUGUAACCAGGACUGCUGAGCAGCGUCAAGAGCCACACCUUCAGCACGAGAGUCAGGAAGAUGGUGCUUGAUGUUUGAAGUUGAAACAACGCUAGUUGACCUGGAGCACCAGCGGCAGCACCGGGAGAGAGGCAGAGAAUAUUCGUGGCAAUCUUGAGAGAGCCGAAGAGUAAUGCAGCGGGAGAAUCGAAGAGUAGAGCAAGCGUAGAGCGAUGGCGAGAUCAAUCGGGUGCAUGCUACAAGACGAAGUUUUUCAGAGGGCGGGAGAGACACCAACGUCAUCCAGCUUCGUCUCCGUUGGUUGCUACGUAGGUCGCAUCCUGCACCCACCACUUGCCGCCACAUCCCGCCGGGAAACGAGGAAGAAAGCAGAUUGGGGGACGGCAGGAGACGGGACGUGAUGCCUGAUACCCAGCGAGGCUUGUAGCCUUUUCGACGUUGUGGGGCGGCGCCGAGCUUUGUCUAGUUAUUGCUGUCCGGAAACUCUUGGUUUUGGUACGAUUUACCUUGUCCGUUGGCGUGAAGUUGGACCUCGUUUCUCUCUCCAGGUUUCUCGACUUGCAGUGUACCAGAGGACACGCGGGGCAUUAUUCUCCCCUAUCCUCGAAUUCGGAGAGAAUGCUCUUGGUUUUCGUCUGAUCGCGUCUUGACCUUGAGUCUGGCGCCCUCCGCACCUUAAUAGCUCUUCUCUCCUGGCGAAGAGGUUCGUGUGGGCCGGAUAAGAGACCAAUCUGUUCGAGUCACGCAAGCAAGCUCUUCUGGCCAGGCGCCGAGCUUCGCGCGUGCUCGACGAGUAGAGGCAAGACUGGGGUGUUUUCUUCGCUCACCUUAUGUGGUCGACGCCUCUAUACUCCCGCUGCGUGUCGUUCACGGUGGUAGUCACUAAUCGUAGCGUUCAUGGCAUCUACACACUACUUGGCUUUGGAAGGGGACACGUAGUGUGGUUGGUGCAGCCUACCCUUCCCGAUAGCCACGACCCGGUUCGGAAUACCGAGAGUUUUCCGCACAUAUUUCGUGUCGUUCUUGCUGAAAUCGUGCGAAAACUAUAUCUCGCCUGUUGGGAUAGGGGUUGUCGUAGGACGGUCUUGUCGUUUUGUUUAGCUAUUAGCUAGCUCCAGGUCGUUUGAUUGUCAACGGUUUGGGUUAUUUUUCUGUACUUCAAAAAAGUAGUUGUCACCCAGCAACGUGUGUGUAUGGGAGCGCCCCUCGUAGACUUGAUAGGUGACCGCCAAGUGUCUCGUCUGCCGCUUGCACCUUCUCCAGUCUCGGUUCGAAGGAGGCGGCGCCACGGCAACCCUUUCGGUCAGUCCGGAGCCGUAUGUAUUUUUAUUGUUAGCAUCGACCGCGUUAUGUAUGCCGAAUGUGUGUGUGUGUCGUCUAGCAUUAUGAUUUGAACUCAUGACACCUAGAUAGACCAUUUCGCCCCCCCUCGUAGUCUGAGAGUCCCCGUCAUUGCGACGCCAACAGAGGACGAUCGUGCCACGAAAGCCGAUGAAGUUAGUGUUUGUGCCAAAAUAGCGUCACCAAGUGUUCUUCGUGUACGUAUCUGUUCUGCACGUGUCGGGAAGGUGGUAUCGUGCGAUUUGAUUGCCUUCGUCGCCACCCGUUCGAUUUGCAGCUUGGUUGCUGCAUCUGUGUCGUGAGUGUUACAACAGCGAAACGCUA